AUGGCCGCACCGCCUACUCGACAGUGGGGUGUGACACCCCCUAUCUCGACAGUUCUUCCCACUCAGGAUGAGUUGAGCGCAAGCGAUGAUCUUAUCGCAGAGCUUAAAAGUCAGAACAACUUCGAGCCGCCCUCGGAGACGGAGCGGAGAAAGCAAAUGCUCCAGCUUCUUCAACGCGUCACAUUGGAAUUUGUCAAGGUUGUCAGUCGCAAGAAGGGCCUGUCGCCGGCGGCUGUCGAAGCUUCCGGAGGAAAGAUCUUCCCCUACGGAAGUUACAGACUCGGUGUUUAUGGCCCAGGCUCCGAUAUCGAUACGCUCGUCGUUGCCCCAAAGCAUGUCGUCAUUGAUGAUUUCUUUGCCGAUUUCCCUCCCAUCUUGGAACAAAUGUCUCCUCCAGGAACAAUUGAAAAGAUGACGCCUGUUCCAGAUGCCUUUGUUCCCAUCAUCAAGCUCGAGAUGGCUGGAAUCAGUAUUGAUCUGAUCUUCGGUCGCCUAAUAAUACCCUCGGUGCCGAUGAAUCUCGACCUGAAGAACAAUGACUACUUGCGUGGGUUGGAUGAAAAGGAGGUGCGAUCGCUGAAUGGAACUCGUGUCACAGAUGAAAUUCUGGAACUUGUCCCCCAGCAGAAGACUUUCCGUCUAGCUUUGCGCGCAAUUAAGCUCUGGGCUCAACGCCGGGCAAUCUAUGCCAACAUUGUCGGUUUCCCUGGAGGUGUUGCAUGGGCGAUGCUUGUUGCUAGAGUUUGUCAACUCUACCCACAAGCGACCGGUUCAGUCAUUGUGGGCAAAUUCUUCAGGAUCAUGAAUAAGUGGGCAUGGCCACAGCCUGUGAUGCUAAAGAACAUCGAGGAAGGGCCUCUUCAAAUGAAGAUUUGGAAUCCGAAGAUCUACCCUGGCGACCGUUGGCAUCUUAUGCCCAUCAUCACCCCUGCCUAUCCCUCCAUGUGCGCUACACACAACAUCUCCAUGUCAACGAGGACUGUAAUUCUCCAAGAACUUCAGCGCGGAGGCGACGUAGUGGACAAGAUUUUCAUGAAGCAAUUAACUUGGAAUGAUUUGUUUAGCCGUCACUCAUUUUUCACCAAGGACUACAAAUACUAUCUCAGCAUCACUGCAUCGAGCAAAACAAAGGAGGCGGAGGGAAUUUGGUCUGGCCUCGUCGAGUCGAAACUGCGACAUCUCAUCAUUGCCCUAGAUCGGAAACCUAUCAUUGCCGUGGCGCACCCUUUCCCUAAAGGAUUCGAAAGAAUCCACUCUGUCCCUAAUGAGCAGGCGAUGGAAGCUGUCAAGAACGGAUCGACUCAAUACGUAGCCAAAGGAACCUCUACGGAAACGACCGACGAAACUAAGGAUGCAGCCCAUGAAGCUGCAGCCCAGAAUGGAGAGGAAAAUGCAGUCGUCCCAGCGGUCCCAGAGCACAAAGAAGAAAACUCAGAGGUAUCCCAGGAGGACGCAAAAAGUGAUGAUAAGACCAUUUACACCACUACUUACUACAUUGGAUUGGAACUAAAGCCCCUGGAGCCCGGUGCUGCUCGAUCUUUGGACAUUUCACUGGACUCUCAACAUUUCAAGUCUAUGUGCACAUCCUGGGCCGGGUAUCAACCCGAAGUUAUGGACCUCGCCGUUGUUCAUGUUCGCAACUUCGACUUGCCCGAGGAUGUAUUCCAACCAGGCGAAACACGUCCGGUGCGCCCAAAGAAGAAGGUGGUUCGGAAAGCCGACGCAAACGGUCAGGGUCAGAAGCGAAGACUCGAACAGCAGUUGGACGAUCAGACCCAAGGAAAUGCGAAGCGCCAAGUUACCCCGAAUACCAUGUCUAGUACCGCGACGCCCGCCUGA